AUGACAUUGGAUGAAUACAAAAAACAACGUGAAGCUGAAAAGAAAGUCAAUCAAUUGAUUUUACCGAACUUUAAAACGCAAGCUGCUGGCGAAAGUCACUAUCGAAACGUAUGGAAGAAUCCUGAGCCCAUUUAUUCAAAGGCAGAUAAUGAUGACGCAAUGGAAAGCAAUAGUGAAGAAACUAAGUGUGAAGAAAAUUUGGAACAAGAACAAUCAAAGAACAAGAAAAACCUUAUCACAAUUCCGCUGCGUUUCAAACCAUUUGAAUUUGAAAUUCCACGCUCACCCGAUUAUGGCAAAACCAGAAAUCUUACUGACAAGGGUUAUAACGACUGUCAAAGGUCGAGAUCAGGUGAACCGACAGUCGUUGCUUUUCGUCAAGCAUCGUCUCAAUAUCCGUAUCGAAAUGGACAAUGCGAUGGUAAUAAUGAUUCAAGACAAGGGCUCAGUCACAAUAGUGAUCAUCGACGAACAUCUACAAAUUCUAAUCGAGGUUCACGUAACACUGGUCAAUGA